AUCACAGCCAAGAUGGCCUCAGUGAAAAUCUCAAAACCGCUCCCCGCUCUUCCAGGGGAUUGGAACUCUAAGAGCAACUUUAUAGUCCACUCUCCACUUUCUGCUGCAGUUCACCGAAAUCUCUCACCGGCGGGGCCCCACUUCCUUGCGCACGCCCGUAGAGUAUGUGUUUCUAGCCGCAUCAUACCCUCGCACCUCUUUAGCACAGCUAACAUCCUGUUUUAAAAUCCCUAGAAGCGUCAUUCCCGCACUUUUAGCGAAGAUGAUCGGAUCCAAGCUCAGCAGAAUGUGAUGAGCGUUGAGGAUGAGGAUACUGGCGAGAUCAGUGAGGCUGAAAGCCCUCUGUUGCUCUCUCGUGAUCCUAAGGACUGGAAGGUAACAAAUCGAUUUGAAACUUCAUGUUAAUCGCUGGAUAGUCCUAAUUAUUUCACUCUAGAACCAAGAUCACUAUGCAGUUCUCGGUCUCUCUAAAUACCGCUACAAGGCUACUGACGAGCAAAUCAAAAAGGCUCACCGUAAGAAGGUUCUCAAGCACCACCCCGACAAGAAAGCCGCUCUUGGAGCUGUCGAUGAUGAUUCUUUCUUUAAAUGCAUUCAAAAAGGUCUGUAGGUCAUAAUUUUUAAUUUUUUACCUCUUUUCUAAAUCUCCAAUAGCCAUGGAAGUUCUCUCGGAUCCUGUCAAACGCCGCCAAUUCGAUUCUGUCGACGAAGGAGCCAACCGUGAUCCACCUAGUAAGAAGUCUAAGGGUAAUUUUUACAAGGGAUGGGGACCAGUCUUCGAGUCCGAAAGUCGUUUCUCUCGCAAGCAACCGGUACCCAGGCUUGGAGAUGAUAAAUCCACCAAGGCUGAAGUCGAGGAGUUCUACAACUUCUGGUACAAUUUCGAUUCCUGGCGUACAUUUGAAUAUCUCGACGAGGAGGUCCCAGAUGACAAUGAAAACCGUGACCAGAAGCGUUACAUCCAACGUAAGAACAACGCCUCCCGCGCAAAGAGAAAGACGGAGGAUACUGCUAGAUUGCGCAAGCUUGUCGACGAUGCUCUAAGCCUGGACACCCGAAUCAAAAAAUUCCGUGAGGAAGAGAAGAAACUGCGAAACGCGAAGAAGGAUGCUAGGGAAGCUGAGGAGAAGAGACUCGCAGAGGAGGCCCGUAUCAAAGCCCAGGAGGAUCAGAAGCGAAAGGAGGAGGAAGAAGCUAGGCAGAAAGCACAAAAAGCCGACUCCAAGAAGGCCAAGGAAGCGGCCAAGAACGCCGUCAAGAAGAACAGGCGUGUUCUGAAGAGCUCUGUCAAGGAUGUCAACUACUUUGUAUCUGGGGACGUAACCCCCGCCGUCAUUGACAGCGUUCUUGGCGAGGUCGAUCUCGUCAUCUCUAAAAUCGACAACGAGGAUCUCCAAACCCUCGCUAAGAACCUCAGUGGCGUAAAGGGUACCGACGCUGUUAAGAGCACAUGGGCAGAAGCUGUCGGUGAGCUGGUUAAGAAGGGAAGCGCAAAAGCGGAAGAUUUCAAGGUUUUUGUAGCUUAAAUUAUAUCUAUAGGGGAUGAUGAUGGAAUGGGGUUUCCCCUGAGCUGUUUUGAGAAAAAAACGAGAUCGCGCAUAGGCUUGUAUGUUCGUGCCCUAAAAAGUACCCAUUCAUUUUUUUCCUUAUCGCAUUAAAGUCUAUAAUAUGGAAUAGAAACGGGUAUCAUAGAUGGACUCUCGUUUCCGUGGCGCCAACUAUACAAUCUGCUCCCACCCUAUGACACCCGCAUCCACUCUAUACAGGUACCCACUGGGUCCAUGCGUUUACCCAAGGAUUGG